AUGCCGCACUCUGUAUCUAAUAGCCCGCCGAACGACAUGGAACAAAUAAUGGGCGACGCUUCACCCCAGAAUGGCGACAGCCAGACCACAGACAACGACAUCCCCAUGGCCGAAGCGGAAGAAACGCCCACAGCGACCGAUGGUGACGAGAAGAAGGACGUCAAGCUAGAAGACCUGUUUGCCGAUGUCGACUCUGACGACGAGUUCCCCAGCUCGAAACCAGCAGAAACCAAACCCUCCAGUUCGCCAGAGGCACCGUCAUCGCCAAUGGAUAUCGAGACCGACGUCAAGGCCUCAGACCCUGAGAUUAUGCGCAUGUUCUACCAGCGGUUAUUCCCCUGGCGGCACCUCUUUCAAUGGCUCAACCACAGCCCUACGCCCACCAACGACUUCGGACACCGCGAGUUCGCAUUGACGCUGCAGGGCGACAUCUACCUACGAUACAUGUCCUAUCCGACCUCAGAUCUACUACGCAAAGACAUCCUCUCCAAGAUGCCCUCCCGUUUCGAGAUCGGACCCGUCUACACCACAAACCCGCGCGACCGCAAGACCCUCCGCAAUCUCAGCGCCUUCAAGCCGCUCUCCAAAGAACUAUGUUUCGAUAUCGAUCUGACAGACUACGACGACAUCCGGACGUGCUGCGACAAGGCCAACAUCUGCAACAAGUGCUGGCAGUUCAUGACCAUGGCCAUCAAGGUCAUCGACGCCGCGCUGCGGGACGAUUUCGGGUUCAAGCACAUCAUGUGGGUGUACUCCGGACGGAGAGGUGCCCAUGCCUGGGUGUGCGACAAGAAGGCGCGCGUCAUGGACGACCAGAAGCGCAGGGCUGUGGCCGGGUACUUGGAGGUGAUACGCGGUGGCGCGCAGAGCGGGAAGAAGGUCAAUGUGCGGCGGCCGCUGCACCCGCAUCUCAGCCGCAGUCUCGACAUCCUAGCCCCGCACUUCCAAACCGACGUCCUCGAAUCGCAAGACCCCUGGUCCACCCCCGCCCGCGCCGAGCACCUGCUCUCCCUGCUCCCAGACAAGACGCUCAACGACAGCCUGCGCAAGAAAUGGGACUCGUCCCCGGGUCGGGCCAGCGCCUCCAAGUGGGCCGACAUCGACGCGGUCGCCAAGUCGGGCGCGGGCGGCAAGAGCCUCGACACCAGGACUUUAUUGGAAGCCAAACAGGACGUCGUGCUCGAGUACACGUACCCGCGUUUGGAUAUUGAGGUCUCCAAGAAGCUGAACCAUUUGCUCAAGUCUCCUUUUGUGGUGCACCCCGGCACGGGGAGGGUUUGCGUGCCUAUCAACACAAAGCGGCUGGAGGAGUUUGAUCCACUGGCUGUGCCGACCGUGCAGGGGCUGUUGGCGGAGAUUGAUGGGUGGGAGGGCGGCGGCGGUGGUGGUGGUGCUGGGGCAGAGGAAGAGGGGAAGGGCGAGAAUGUCCAGGAUUGGGAGAAGACGAGUCUGAAGCCGUAUAUCGAGGCCUUCCGCGGCUUUGUGCUUGCCCUCAUGAAGGAUGAGCGGGAUCCUAAGGUCAAGCGGGAGAGGGACGAGGAUGAAGGGAUGGAGUUUUGA